AUGUUCUCGCGUGCAGCCAUCGGCCGUCAGGCGCAACGAGCCGCCUCCCGGUCGUGGCAGCAUCAACGAAGGGGUCUCGCUGAGCCAGCGUCUGGCUCCUUCCAAUACCAAGUCGGCGAUGCGCAAGGGGUCAAGAUUGCGAGUAGGGAAAUUCCUGGGCCGGUAGCGACUCUGGCGCUCGUCUCCUCCGCUGGUACCCGUUACCAGCCAGUUCCUGGUCUCGCGGAAGGGCUGGAGCGAUACGCGUUCAAGAGUACCGCCCGACGGUCGACACUACGGAUACAGCGCGAAUCUGAACUUCUGGGCUCCGCCCUGCAAACCCAUCACUCUCGCGAGAACGUCGUCAUUGGCGCAAAGUUUUUCCAAAAUGAUCUGCCAUACUUUGUGGAGCUACUCGCGGAAGUCGCAGCAAUGACGGAGUACAAGCCACACGUCCUUCACGAAGAGGUCUACCCAUUGAUGGAUCUGCUGCACAAGAAGUACCUCGGCAACACUCAGGAGAUGGCACUGAACAGCGCAUACGGCGUCGCCUUCCACCGCGGCCUCGGUGUCCCACUCCAACCGCCCUCGAAUCUCCCUUACAAGAAAUACCUCGACGCCGACAAUCUUGCCGACUACGCCUCUGCCGCUUAUGCCAAGCCGAACUUUGCUCUCGUUGGCAAUGGCGUCAGUCAGUCCGAGCUGAGCAAAUGGGUCGGCGAGAUGUUCACAGACGUUCCUUCUCAGGCGUCGUACCAGUUCAAGCCAGAGCAGACCAAGUACUUUGGUGGCGAGGAGCGUAUCGCUCACAGCUCUGGCAACUCUUUCGUCAUUGCUCUCCCUGGCUCCAGCUCGCCUACAGGAGGAUUCUACAAGCCUGAGGUGGCCGUGCUUGCCGCACUGCUGGGCGGGCAAUCCACGAUCAAGUGGUCUCCCGGCUUCUCUCUCCUCUCAAAGGCCUGCCAGGACACACCAAACAUGUUCAUCGACACCAAGUCCACCAUCUACUCCGACGCCGGCCUCGUCACCAUCACCAUGUCCGGCUCCGCAUCCGACAUUAAGAGCUCUGCUCCAAAGGUGGUGGAGGCGCUCAAGGGUGUCUCCCAGAACAUCGACAAGGAGGCUUUCGCAAAGGCCAAGGCUCUUGCAAAAUUCAAGGAGCUCGAGUACGGACAGGAGACCAGCGCCGCUAUGGAGCUGACUGGUGCCGGGCUUGUGCAUGGCGGCAAGGCCUACCAGAUUGACGAGGUGGCCAAGAGCGUGGACGGCGUGACAGAAGAGAAGGUGAAGCAAGCUGCGAAGGACGCGCUGGAAGACAAGGCCAGUGUGAGCGCUGUCGGCGAUCUGUACAUGCUGCCUUAUGCGGAGGAGAUUGGGUUGAAGGUGUAA